AUGGAGAAUGAUGGCAAAGAGUCGUAUAAGGAUGGUGAUCAAUCUGAGGAAUUAAGUGUUGAGUAUGAGUACAGUUCCGAUGAAAGUGAUGAUAUGGUGGAUGUAACUGUAGAUGAAGCAGAGGCAGAUAUAAUUAAUGCUAGUGGUUUGGAAAAGUUGAUAACUGAUUUGACCAUCGAAGACAUAUGGGGACUGGCGUUUGAUACAGAAUCUCAAGUUUGUGAAUUUUAUGCCAAAUAUGCCAAGUGCUAUGGAUUUGUGUCCCGAAAAGACUUGAAGAUGGUGGAUGCUAAUGGCAACAUUAAUACAAGACAGUUGGUUUGCAAUAAAGCAGGAGAAAGACAUUGGAAGCACCUUAAAAGGGACAAUCGGCAAAGGGAGCAUAGGGCAAUUACUCGUGUCAACUGCAAGGUGAGGAUUCGGUUCAUUCGUCACUAUAGAACGGGUAAGUGGAAAGUUAGUGUCUUUGAGAGUGAACACAAUCAUCCACUGUGUCCACCUAAGUACAGACAUCUUAUUGCCGCGAAUCGUGGGCUUGAUGAGGCCGAUAAAACACAAGCAGACAGCUUGCGAGCAUGUGGUGUUAAAACUUGCAACAUAAUGGGUUACAUGAUUUCCCAAAAAGGUGGAUAUGAUAAAGUGGAUUUUACUAGCAAAGACUUACAUAACCACAUUAGUAAGACUAGGCGUGGCAAACUGAAAGACGGUGAUGCAUUUGCUGCAUUGGCCUAUCUAUUUUCUAAGGCAGAUAGUGACCCGUUAUUUCUAGGAAAGUUCACCUUAAAGGAUGGUAGGUUGGAUAAUUUGGUGUGGGCUGAUGGAGAAAGCGUUGUUGAUUACGAAUGUUUUGGCGAUGUACUGGCUUUUGACACCACUUACAAGAAAAAUGUAUACAACAAGCCCUUAGUCAUAUUUUCAGGGGACCAACCACCAUGGCCAGACGACUAUCUUUGGAUGCGCUCUGUUCUCAGAUGA